AUGGCGUCGUCGGCCCCAUCCAUGGCCAUGCGCAUUUCAGUGGACACGCCCCGUCAUGGCCGCAUCAGCAUGGAGGCUUAUCCUGGAGACACCUUGAACAAGAUCUUCGAAGUGGCCGAAUUGCGGCAACGCAGUGGCCGGCCGGGGAUGGCUCGGCGGUUGCUUUCCUUGGGGCCCUUGCAGUUCGAAGGGGACGAGGACAUUCAGAUGGCCGUCUUCGAGUUUGAGGAAGCUACAGGCGAUCGAGCUGAGGAGUCGCAGGGUCGCCGUGCGUAUGGGAGCGCGACCGAGCUGCGGGACUUCUCGCUACCGAUCACGGUUUGUACCAUACAUUGGUGCAAAUGGACAAACCAUGGCGAGAAAUGUCAGGAUCCAUCGUUUCUCAAUACUUCAGAUCUUGGACAGGUGUGUUGCUGUAUGCAUGGCUUCUGGAAGCUCUGGGACGAUCAUUUUCAGGAUCCCAACUUGAACCCGAGGAAACGACUCUUCAAGAACAUAUCUGCCAAUGUGUCUCUGCUAGCAGCCGUGGCAGCCGACGGCAAACGAACACUACUAAAGAAUCUUUGGCAAGCCCGGGGCCAGAAUGCGGACUGGCACUUGGGUGACUGGCAAGCUGCGCUUGCGGCGGCUGUCUCGCGGAAUGACCGCGAUGCUGUGCGGUUCUUGUUGGAGCACGGCUGCCUUCGGUACGACUGCCAUGGCUCAGAGCCUUCGUACCAAGGGGUUCCCCUGGUGAUUUGGGCUGCCAGCCUGGGCUUCGGUGGCAUUCUGAACAGUCUACUUGAGAAGAAGGCCUCCUUGCAGGUGGUACCCACCAGAGCAGGCUUUGAGUUCACGGCGCUGACAGCAGCAGUCUUCUUCAAUGUGAAUGGGGAUGCUGUGGCUUUGAUUGAAGAUCUUGCCCGGAGACCUGCAGAUUUCCGCUGGCUGGCACGACAGCAAUGGCGUGGCAAGCCGUCAUUGUUCCUGGCAGCAGAGCAAAAUGAUCAGGAGAUGCUGAAGGUUCUGUUGCAGGCCAAGGUAAGCCCUGAACAGACAGCAUCUUGGGGUGAAAUGGCAAUCCACAAAGCAGCUUAUCAAGGUAAUCUUGACUCGGUCAAGCUGUUGUGGAAGUUCCGUGCCAACGUGGAGGCACAAAACACCCGUGGGGCUACUGCCUUGAUGGUAGCAGCUGAUAAAGGUCAUGUUGCUGUCACCCGAUUUCUUGUGGUCGUUUGCAAGGCCAGCCUUCUCACACCCGAUCUGUGGGGAUUCACACCUGCACAUCGUGUUGCAGUGACUGGCCGUACGAGCUGCAUGGACAUGCUGGAGCAGAACCACGAUGCCUUCUUACAGUGCAUCAAUCAGCGAGAGCAUCAGGGUCGCAACGUUCUGGAUGUUGCUGCAAACUUCGGGCACGAAGAUCUUGUAAAAUAUCUCCUGCCCAAGACUCAGGACAAAACAACGGCCCUGUCGUGGGCUGUGGGGCAUCCUAAAGUAGUUGAGCUUUUGCUUCAAGAAGUACCCAGCAGCAUUUCCACGAAGCAGGCUGAUGGACGGACGGCUUUGCAUCAUGCUGCUUUCACAGGCAGUGUGGCAGGUUUGGGCGCCUUGAUCCGAGCCAGGGCAGAUGUGGGGAGCUUGGACAACACUGGAUGCAGUCCGCUGUGUUCUGCAGCACGUGGCGCUCAGCCGACAGCAGUCGAUCGUCUGCUCAAGGCAAGGGCACAGGUGAGCUCCGGAACUGGGGAUUGGACCUGUUUGGACGACGCAGCAAGCUCGCCGAAAUGGUGGGGCUCUGAUUGGACCCGCUCCAAGAACUCCACUUGGCUCCUGGCAAGGUGCGCGGACGGGCCACGUGCUCAGUCCCUGGUUGCAAUUCUGGAAGGCAGAGUCUCCGAAAGUCUGAAUGACACUUGCAGAAUUGGCAAUCUCGGCUGGGCCAGCCUGCACUGGGCAGUUAUGUUGCGGGACACGGCUGCGAUCCGGACGCUUUCUUACGAGAAUGCUGGGAGUGCAACAGAUGCACAUGGACGUACAGCCUUAAGUCUCGCUGCUCGUCUUGGUCUGCUUGAGGAGGUAAGUCUCCUUGCCCAGCACUCAGAGUUGAACAGUGCGGAUGAGACGGGCUUGACUCCACUUAUGUGGGCCGCCCAGCAGGGUCACGCAGAGACUUGCAAAAAGCUGCUGCAGCUCAAAGCGGAUCCCCACCAGAGAGACGCCAGCCACAACACGCUCAUGCACUUGGCCGCAUCGAGCGGAAGCAAAGAGGUGGUUGAUGUUUUCAAGACCUCGGACAGAAAGACCGAGAAUUCUUUGGGGGAGACGGCUUUGUUCAGUGCCGUGCGUAGCAAGAAUGUCUCCGUCGUGAAACAUAUGCUGUCCGAGCUGGGCUAUAAUGCAAAUGACACCGAUAUCUUUCAGAGGACCGCCCUGUUUUAUUCCCUGAGUUCUUGUCAGCAAGAUGUCUGGGACGCCUUGUCGAAGCAGACGGACACCAACCAAAGAGACUACUUGGAGUAUCGGAUAGACGAGAUGCCCGAGUUCAGGAGUUCUUUAUGUGUGCAAAGGACAAACAGUGAAGACCUCUGGACGCUGGAUGUUCCGGUGGUCUCCAAAAGCUUUCACGACAAGCUCGUGACUGUUGCAAAAGACAGCCAAUUUCGUGGGGCGCUCCUGGUGACACUGGCCUUGUCUUUUCUACUAGGGUGUCGAUUGACCAGUUGGAAUCAUUGGCGUGCCAGUGGAACUCUGGUGAGGCAUGUUUCCUGCAAUGACUCGAAUGCUUCAGAAGAAUCUUCAGACAGUGCUGAAUCAGCGGAUGAGAGAGAGGCGGGAUCACGCGGACCUCGAGAUCUGCAUAUCCCAGUCCGUAGCGCCUGCUGUCAACUUGUUUUGGAUGUGUCGGUACGUGCAGUGCAAAUCCAGACAGCUUCAAAGCUACUUGGCAGGCGUAAGUGGACAUUGCUCGCACGGCGCUGCUUGGAUGUCGUUGCCCUCUUCGUGUUCCCCUCUAUCAUGUGCCGGGUUUUGGCCUGGUGGCAUAUGUUGCUAUGGUGCCUGCUUACAUGCAUUCUGCCUCCUGACCGGCGCAAGGAGCUGGUCGGAUCAGGAGGAAGAAGUAUUCGGGAUCUGCUGGAAAAACCAGCGAGACUCAUCGGAUCAAGAGACAUGUGGGCCUGGCUCAGAACCGGAUACCUGCUCUUGCAGUUUUUAUGGUGCAUGCUCUUGGGUGGCGACAUGUGGAGGAAGCAGCACGAGUACCUUUGGAACCACAGCUGCUAUCCUAUGUCAGAGUUGAAUCAAAUCUCGAGGGAUGAACUGCCGAUCCCCUUUCCGGUUCAGCUGCACACCGGGUGGUCUGUUUUUGGUCUUGUCUUUGCAGUCGGAGCUGCAGGUCUGGGAAGCUUGUGGAUGCGAUGCUCGUCAAAAAUAACCUCGUCACCUCCUGUGAGUGUUCUUUAUGUCGCCAUGAUUGCCGUCUGGGGUCUCUUGGUGAUGGCGUUCUGGCCAGAAGCACCUGCCACCUUGCCACUGUCUCUGGCCGGCAUUCUGGUCACAUAUCGCGCAGCUGUGUUCCUGCUGACGGUUGUCUGGGUCGUACUAAACCUGCCGUUGAUCCUACCGUCUCCCCAAAGCACAGAAAUGCUGACGGUUGUCUGGGUCGUACUAAACCUGCUGUUGAUCCUACCGUCUCCCCAAAGCACAGAAAGGUGUGACAUUGACGUAGGGCAAGGGCGUGGAAACACAGAAGAUUUUUCAAAGGUUGUUGAGAAGGUGCGAAGGGUGGCUGAGAAGCGACGUGAUCUUGCAAAUGUCAAAUUCAAAGAGAAACACUACUUCGAGAAGCGUUGCGAGCCACAGACACUGUUUACAGUCUUCCAAACCAUGGCAUUUUGGUUGUUGGACAUAUAUCUGGAUCUCCAGACGGUUGUGAUCUUUGCAGCUGCGGGCUCAUAUAUAUACGCCUCACUGAUUCUGGGGGCAUUCUUUUGGGGGCUAUUUGCAACGGCUUCAGAAGGUGUAUUCAACAAAAUUGGAUCUGCCUUGCGGCAAACCGUGAGGACGCAAGUACGAGCGGAGGAAUAUCAGGCCUUGCUGGACCAUGAAGCAUCCAUCGAAGUGCCAGUAUCAUUGGUCCUCUCGACAUACGGCCUACCCCUUGUGGCCCAUCGGCCAGCGGCUGCCAUCAUGACCGUGGCUAGUAUCUUCAUGUCAGUCGUGAAUCAGGCUCAGUGGCUUUACGAAGAGUUUGAUGUGUCUCAGGACCUAAGAAGUACACAGACAGUGGAUUUGACUCCAAAGGCAGCUGGCGAUACGUCGAAGCCCUUACCAGAGGACUGA